UGGAGGUUCUUGGGAACUUGGAUCUCCUGUCACUUUUUCAAACAAGAUUUCAAAAAGUAGCAUCUGUGACUCAUUUGGUGCCUGCUUAAUGAAGCAGCAAACAAGACUAGUAUGAGCACCUGGAUGUGAUUUACUGGGAUCCUGUAGACACAUUCAAGUGGGCUCUGCUCCUUUUUGUGUCAUCCUUCUGAACCUGACGUGGGUCUCUGAACAACCAUACCUUUCAGCAUGCUCGGUGCUGUGUGAUUGGAUGUGGAUAAUGUGCUGUGAGUGGUGUCUGGGGUCUGGCCCUCCUUGGGGAAGGAAGUGUGGGAACCCUUCUUGAUUGAGUUUGGGUGUCCUGGAUAGGCAGAGGAGAGGUUUUUAACACAAACUGAGAGCACUCCUGGGGUGAGCCACUUAGCAUGGUGCUUUGUUAGAACUUAGUAUAUUAAUUUCCACUGUCAGAAGGCUGCUCUUCCCUUGUGAUGCACAAGAAUUGGAGGAAUAUGCUUGCUGGAGCCCCAGAGUCUAAAGAAUUGUCACGGUUUGAAAGCAGCCUCAUCAGGGGAGCUAUGUUAGGAGCCCAUGAGCAGCUCACUUUGGAGGUAGGGUUUGCUUGUGUAGUAGUAAGUGUUCAAGUAUGAACUAGGAUGGAACAACAUUCAGAAAUCUAAGCAAGGGGAUGGCUGUUGGAGGAGCUGGUAAAGCAGACUGUUGGGGCUGUCCCUGUGCAGUGAGGUUUGCAGUGGUCCAUGUUUGUGCCUUCACAGAAGGGUGGGCAGCUGCUGCUCCUUAGCUGGCCAGUAGCCCAGCCACUGCUUCCCCUCCGUGCCAUGCAAAUGGAGGCAGCUGCACGUUGGUUCCUGCCCUCUGCACAGCCCUGUCACGUGGUGGAUGGCUGGCAGUAAGGAAGCAGCUGCAUGUCUUCCUCUUUACCCUGUUUCAUUGGCUGUGCCCACUCAGGUCUAAACACUGAUGCUGUUUGCUGAGAUAGCAAAGUCACCAGAGCAUCCCGACUGCACGGAGGAGCUGCAUAACUGCACAGGAAGGAGCUGCUUCCAAGUACAUCCCAGCAGUUGCUGCUUUCCCACCGGGCCUAUGGAGCCACGGGGGAUUGUCAAAGCCUUUCCCAAGAGGAAGAAGGUGAGGGAUGACUCGGAGAAAAGCAUCCCUCCAAAGAUCCUGAAAGAGCAAGGAGCAGAGAUACCCGAGGCAGAGUGGCUGAAGCCAGUCGUCGCCUACGUGCUGCAAGCCGGCCUGGGGCGGGCGCGGGCCGAGCUCUUCCGCAGGCAGAUUGCCCAGCACGGGGGCGUGGUUCGCGGCCAGCUCUGCUCGGGGGUGACACACGUCAUCGUGGCCGAGGACAUGGACUGCGAGCGCGCCUUUCGGCUCCUCGGGUUAACCAGGCUGCCCCCGGGGCUGCUGCUGGUGAAGGCAGCCUGGCUCAGUGCUUGCCUUAGAGACCAGGAGCUGCUGAGUACUGCUGGCUAUGGUGUCUCCAUCCCGCGCAGGUACCUGGAGGAGGAGGAAUUGCAGAAAGAACAGCAACAGAUCCUGGACAGAGAAAAAAUCCAGCUCCCAGCAGAGGAGGGAGCAGUGAAACUGAGCACUGAAUCACACGUGGAGGAUUCCUCACAGCAAGGCUUGGGCACCCUUGGACAGCAGCAAAUGGCUGGGAAAUAUUCUGAUGAUGAAGACAGUGAAGGAGAAGAUGCUGGUGUCACCCAGGGAGACCUGGAAGCAUUGAUUUCUGGCCACUACCCUGUGAAAUCAUCAGAGGAGAUCAGUGAUAGCUCUGACACAGUGGCCCAGCCUCCCAGCAAGUGGGUUUGUGCCCAGUCUUCCAACACCAAGAAGGAAAAUCACAACCAAUGCAUCACAGAGAAGCUGGAAGUGCUGGCAAAGGCUUACUCUGUCCAGGGGGACAAGUGGAGAGCUCUGGGCUAUUCCAAAGCAAUCAAUGCACUCAAGAGCUACCACAAACCAGUCACCUCCUACCAGGAAGCCUGUAAAAUCCCUGGGAUUGGGAAGCGCAUGGCAGAGAAGAUCCUGGAGAUCUUGGAGAGUGGGCACCUGCGCAAGCUGGAUCACAUCAGUGAGAGCGUGCCUGUGCUGGAGUUAUUUUCCAACAUCUGGGGAGCAGGGGUCAAGACAGCUCAGAUGUGGUACCAGCAGGGUUUCCGGACGCUGGAUGACAUCCGCACCAAGGCCACUCUGACCAGCCAGCAGGCUGUGGGGCUGAAGCACUACACGGAUUUCCUGGAGCGCAUGCCUCGGGAGGAAGCUGCAGAAAUAGAGCAGACUGUCAGACAAGCUGCCCUGGCCCUGAAGCCUGGCCUCGUGUGUGUUGCCUGUGGCUCCUACCGUCGGGGGAAGGCCACCUGUGGAGAUGUGGAUGUGCUGGUCACUCACCCGGAUGGGCAGUCUCACCGUGGGGUGUUCAGCAAGCUGCUCAGCAGCCUCCGCAGGAGCGGCUUCCUUACAGAUGACCUGGUGAGCCAGGAGGACAACGGUGACCAGCAGAAGUACCUGGGCGUGUGCCGCCUGCCCGGGCCGGCGCGGCGGCACCGCCGGCUCGACAUCAUCGUGGUGCCGUACCGCGAGUUCGCCUGCGCCCUGCUCUACUUCACGGGCUCGGCUCACUUCAACCGCUCCAUGCGCGCCCUGGCCAAGACCAAGGGCAUGAGCCUGUCGGAGCACGCGCUCAGCUCGGCCGUGGUGCGAGGCCCUGGGGGUGCCAAGGUGGCAGCUGGCCAUGCCCUGCCCACCCCCACCGAGAGAGAUGUCUUCCUUCAGCUGGGGCUGCCUUACCGGGAGCCCUCCGAACGCGACUGGUGACGCCUGGUUCUCACCCUGGGCUUGCUGCUGUUUUGAAGGAUCUGAUUUCCCCAGUGGUGGAAAGGCUCUGUGGUGCCUGCAGGCUGAGGAACAUAUCCCAGCAAACGGGGCUCCUUGUAAGCAUGAGGCGUGGCUGCUGGGCAGAGCUCUGUGGCUUCCUCAGCAGAGGCUGUGGGCUGGAACCACACUGGAAGUGGUCUCUUGGUGUGGCUGCCAAAAGGGCUCACUGCCCAUCAGCUGCCCUGGCCCUGCUCUCCCCAACUUCGGAAUAUUAGGGUUGCAGAACCUUGUGAUCCAGCCCCUUACAGUGCUUGGGAACAGGGGAAGUGGGAUGCAUCUUCCUCUGUAUCUGAGCACUGACACUGUGAAAUUUCUGUUCUGAGCUGUGAAUGAAGGCAGCAGAGGUCUAGCUUGGUUCUGUGACAGGCCUUCCUCCUCACUACUGCUGGCAGCUGCUACUGCAGGAGUCUCAAGGGGUAAACCUGUGCUGCUGCUGUGUCCUUCUGUCUGAGCUGAUGUGUCCUUUGAUGGAUCCUCUUGCACAGGGCCAGGCUGCUGUGCCUGCCACCAGCUUUCCCUGGUGCCAGCUAAGACUUGAAAGAGACAUAGGGACCUGAGGUGCUGUACCUGCUUGCUCCCAGCCUCAUGUUCUGAGGAUCCUCCAGAUUUACUCAGAGCCCUGGUGUGGCCCAAGACCUCGUUUCUUGGUGCAGGAGAGGAGCAGAGCUCACAGCUUGGGGAACUGUGCUCAGGAGGGAUUUGAAUGUAAUGGCACUGAAUGUAACCCAGCAGCACUGUGUGUCUGUCUGUUGGAGGCAUGGAGACAGAGAGAAACACAAGGAGAUAGUCAAGUUCUAACUGGGGCAAAGCAAAACCUUUUCCCUUUUUUUUGUGUGGAAGCCAUGGAGUCAUCUGGUCUUUGAUCAGGGAAAGUGUGUGUUUGUAUAUGCAUGUGGCAGGUCCCACCAGUUCCAUGGGAGUGAAUUUUAUUUCUCAGGAAACAUUGACUAUUUUAUAUUGUGGAGAUGAAUUUCCCAGAGACAUUGAGUGCUCUGGCUGCUACAGAUAUUGCAGUGGUUGCUGCUGGCAGAGGUGCCCUGGUGGGCAUUUCUGUGCCAGGACCCCAGGGCUCUUGCUCCCUUGUGGGGGAUCUGGCCCUAUCACUUAGGGUGACAAAGCUGCACGUUUGCUGCUAGGGCAGGCACAAACCAGGUGGGUUUGCACAGUUCCUGUGGCUGCUGGGCACCAGCAGGGCUGGGGCUUUGCUGGGGUGGCCCACACCCAGCAGUGGCAUUUGUCAACCCAGCCUUUCUGCUGGACACCUGAGGGAAGUGAAUGUCUUUGGCAUGUCUUGGUGCUUUUAAAUUUGAAGUGUAAUAAAUAAAUCCCUUCUAUCUUUUCCCUUGA